UGAUCUGAUUGGCUGGGAAUCCAGGAAUGGGCGUUAACCUCAAGGAAAUCGUGGCAAGAUGGCGUCCCUGGAUCGAGUGAAGGUUCUGGUGUUGGGAGACUCAGGUGUUGGGAAAUCGUCACUUGUCCAUCUUCUGUGCCACAGUCAAGUGCUGGGAAAUCCGUCAUGGACUGUGGGCUGCUCGGUGGAUAUCAGAGUUCAUGACUACAAAGAAGGAACUCCAGAAGAGAAGACAUACUAUAUAGAAUUGUGGGAUAUUGGAGGCUCUGUGGGCAGUGCCAGCAGCGUGAAAAGCACAAGAGCGGUGUUCUACAACUCUGUAAAUGGUAUUAUUUUAGUACAUGACUUAACAAAUAAGAAGUCAUCUCAGAACUUAUAUCGUUGGUCAUUAGAAGUUCUCAAUAGAGAUUUGGUUCCAACUGGAGUCCUGGUGACAAAUGGGGAUUAUGACCGAGAACAAUUUGCUGAUAACCAAAUCCCACUGUUGGUAAUAGGGACCAAACUGGACCAGAUUCAUGAAACCAAGCGCCAUGAAGUUUUGACUAGGACUGCUUUCUUGGCUGAGGACUUCAAUGCUGAAGAGAUUAAUUUGGAUUGCACAAACCCACGCUCUUCAGCUGCAGGCUCCUCCAAUGCUGUCAAGCUCAGUAGAUUUUUUGAUAAGGUCAUAGAGAAGAGGUACUUUUUUAAAGAAGGUAAUCAGAUUCCCGGCUUUUCUGAUCGAAAGAGGUUUGGAGGAGGAGCAUUAAAGAACUUCCAUUAUGACUGAGCUGCUGCCCUUUGGAAGAGUGAGCGAGCGGUGGCGGUUGUCACAGCUUUUCUCUUGCUGUGUCAGGUUAUUAACUUCUCAGGCUCUGAUAAAAACAUCUCAAAAUGCUACCUCACCCUCUCAUGGAAAAUUAAAAGAAAGCAACGAGUGGAGGAUCCUACUUGGCCCCUGUUGUCUGUGUUGCUCCCCUCCCUGUCCCUGUUGAUACCUUAUGGAAGAGACUCUGAAGAUGUGAGACACCGUCGAGCCAGUGCAGCGAAUAAUGAGUAGUGACAAGGGCAGCACAGAAAACUGACUCGCGUGAAAUCAGAGGGCUUUGCAGGUCUGCGAUUUUCCCACACUCACUGCUGAAGGCUUAAUUAAGUUCUGGAGAAACGUAUCUGUGUUGUUUUACCUUCUUGAGGGAAAAGGUCACGUUAACCAGCCCUGAGUUAUCCACCCCAAACCAUCUCUGUCAUUUUUAAAGAAGCCAAGUGGUGUUUUUUCCUUUUCUCCAGCCUCAUUACACACAGGGAUGCCUAAAAAUAGCAACCAUGUCUCCUCCCCUCUCCCCUGGAAAAGGCUUGGUGUCUGGCAGAGACGGACUAAUAGCUAGAGUUAAAUAGAAAUACAAAUUAAUAAUACAUGGAGAAUAGACCAGAAAAGAAGGCUUCUGCGAGGCAUUGACAGCUCCUCCACACUUUAGAGUGCAGCUUUCGAAGGCCCUUUCUGCUUUCUGUUUGGAAAUCGGAUGAAAUCUGAGAGGAGCACAAGGGCAGGAAGAGAGAUUUACUGCCUCUUUGGCCUUUUUUUUUUUUUUUUUUUUUUUUUGUCUGUUUGUUGUUGUCAUGGUUUCGGGGUUUGGUUUUGGUUUUUAAAGGAAAUUCGGAUCCUGAAAUACCCUUUAAUAUGAUGAACAAUAAACUAAGAAUAUUAUCCUUGAGUUAACAGUGUGUUUAUGAGAAAGCCAAACAAGUCCCAGAGUAGCACAUUCACAUAAAUUAUGAACCAGUGUCUGGGCUUUCAUAAUCACUGCCCAGCUUUUUAGCGGUGGUGUGUGUGUGUUCGCAUAAGUGUUCAUCAUUAUUGUUUAGCCCAUCUUUUCUGCUGGUUUAAUUCUCUUGGCCCAGUUCUUCCUUAGUUCAUAAAAUUGGUUGCAAAAAAAAAAAAGAAGAAGAAGACUAUAAUUGGCUGCUGCGUUCAGCACCUUAUUAUCCAGAUUCUUCUCUGCUGCAGCUCUCAGCUCCCGAGCUUUGCACCAAAUUAAAAAAAUAGUACUAUGAGUACACAGUUGCAGCUCGUUUAAAACCAGGUAAGAACUACAAGGUUCAUUUUCUGUUCAUUUUAAUUAAAUUUCAGGAGGACUCAGGAAGGCAGGGUAUGCUGGGAAGGAGUGUGAGAAGCUCAGAAGGCAUUUGGGAGUUGGAAGAGCACUUCUCCUGAGCUGGGCUGCUCUGUCUUUACCAAGGCCAGUUUCAGCUUCUUUACUGAUUUGAUUGUUCUUUGAUAUAAUUAGUGUUAUGCAGAUUAUGGUCUGGGUGUGGAAUUUGUCACAAGUGUGUUGGGGAGAUGCUGUAAAGCUGGGAAAGUAAAAACCAAAUGCUACACGAACGCCUGUCUAACUAUCGAAAACCCUUCGUAUUUCUCCUUUUAAAAUUAGAUCAAGAAGCAUGGACUGCAACUCAGUAGUAGAGAAUUUACCUAGCAUGUGCAAGGCAUUACAUUUGUUUCCAAUAUCAAAAUUUAAAUAAAAAGUAAGUUAAAAACCCA